AUGAGCCACCAUGAUCAAAGCUUGAGAGACGAAACCUGGCUGCCGACACGAGAGAUUCAAAAUUUCUAUCAACAGAUGGACUUAGCGGUUCGCGAACUACUCGACUGCAUAUCACUAUGCGCUCUCAAGACUUGCUCUAUUCGAAUUCUAAAUGGCAGUCGAGGAGUGGUCGAUCUGCCAAUUAAGCUCCUUGACGCGAGCCAGAGUCUCAUUCUUAUUCCCCCAGGUCUCUGUACAUCUAAACAGAAGUUUCAUAAUCUCCUACGGAUUAUUCUUCGCCGUCAACCGUGGCACGCCAAGAUCGAUCAAGAGGAGUAUGUAUUGGAGGAUAAGGAACUGACAACUGAUAUCGGAACUGAGAAUUGGGACACUAAAAUGCUUCCAGGAGCAGAAAUAUUCAUGACUAUAAUCUCAAACCAUAAAGGGGCUGUCAGCGAUACCUGCUGCCCGAAAUGUCGUGCAAUAAACAUCGUGAAGAUGUCUGAAGGGAAAAGAGUCAAGUGCCAGAAUUGCCAUGUCAUCUCUAACUUCGUCGAGACCAAUCGCGUCGUCAAGUUGCCGGAAGAUUACGCGGAUUCUCCUACAGAAGAACCGUUGUUAGAGAAUGCUUUUCGUAUACGCUAUCUUCAUGAGAAAUCUUUGACCCCGAUCAGCCGCAGAGCUCCCACCGCCGACGACCGGACCUUCCUUGGGCAGGCUUUCACCCAGUUUUACUGCGGCGACUUCUCCGACUUUCUAUACCCACAGCAGCAUAACUUAUACCACGCCCAGCUCCUCCAGUACAGCAAUUUCAUCACGCCUUGCAGGGGAAGCCAUCCACAGAUCCCGCAGCUCCCACACACCAUCUCUGCUGUGCAGGCCGCGCGCAGGGUGCCGCUCAGGAACGCAUCUGCCAGUAAGGUGACCACAGGAGAAGGGCACAAAAACAGAUGA